GGGUGCUCCGAGCGCACGUGGGGCAGCGCGGGGCGGAGCGGCCCCGGUGCCGGUGCCGGUGUGGGGUAGGGGGAACCGGGGCCGCCAUGGGGGAGUUCGAGGUGCACCGGGUCCGGUUCUUCGGGCUCGUGCCCGCGGGCGUGCGCUGCCUCGCGUGGCAGCCCCGCAGUGACCGCCUGGGCCUGGCCCGCACCGACGGCACCGUCGAGGUUUACAACUUCGCCGCCAACUACUUCCAGGAGAAGGUCAUCCCCGGCCAUGAGGCCCGGUCCGUGGAAGCGCUGUGCUGGGCCGGGGAGCGGCUGUUCGGGGCCGGGCUCAGCGGGGAGAUCACCGAGUACGACCUGGCCGAGCUGCGGGCGGCGAGCGCCGUGGAUGGCUGCGGGGGACCCAUCUGGAGCAUGGGGGUCAACAGCGGCGGAACGCAGCUGGCGAUCGGCUGCGAUGAUGGUUCCGUGAAGCUGUUCCAGAUUGUACCGGGUGGGAUCCAGUUUGAACGGAAUCUGGACAGAAGGAAAGGCCGCAUCCUGUGUCUGUCCUGGCACCCGUUGGGCACUCACAUAGUAGCUGGUUCCAUCGACAAUAUCCGUGUGCUUGAUGUCUGUUCAGGCCAAACUGUGCAGAGGAUCAUGGUGAAUUACCACGUACAGAAGGUGAAGCAGGAGUGCAUCGUAUGGAGCAUCGCCUUCCUCUCCAGUGGCACUGUCGUCACCUCGGACUCCUUCGGGAGGGUGCAGUUCUGGGACUGGGAGCAAGGGACCCUGCUGGACUCCCACACUGUCAGUAACUCAGCUGUCCUCUCGCUGGCUGUGUCCGAGACAGAAGACAGCAUCAUCGUGGGGACCUCAGCAGGGGCCACGUACCAGUUCCAGCUGCUGCCGGUGAAGCUGAGCAGCCAGGAGAAGCGCUGGAUACGGACAAAGCCGUUCCACUUCCACACCCAUGAUGUGCGGGCUGUGGCACACAGCUCAACAGCUCUCAUCUCUGGGGGCCUGGAUGCCCAGCUGGUGAUCCGCCCGCUGAUGGAGAAGAUGCAGGACAAGGGCUACGAGGCAGCACUGCGCAAGUUCACCUUUCCCCAUCGACGCCUUGUCUCCUGUGCCAGGGAAGCCAGGCUGCUCCUCUUCCAGUUCUCCCAGCACCUGGAGCUCUGGAGGCUUGGCUCCACCAAUGGGACGGGGAAAGACGGUGAUGUCCUUCCUGUGAGCAGCAUGCCUGAGCACCUCGUGCAGCUCAAGAGCAAGGGCCCAGAGCACAUCUACUGCAGCUGCAUCUCACCCUUUGGCAGUUGGGUCACCUAUGCCACAGCCUCACGUUUCCACCUCUACCGGGUGCACUAUGAAGAUGAUGGUGUCCGAAUUGAAAAGGUCCCCAAAGUGUCAAAGCUGCUGCUCCCAGCCUACCAGCUCCAGUUCUCCUCUGACUCCAGCAGCCUCUUCAUUGCCUCCGCUCGAGGUUCUGUCCACGUUGUCCUGCUCCUAGAGCCAGGGGGCUGCAGACACCUGCACACGCUUCGGCCACCAUCAGGAUCCUCUGAGGCUGUUUACCUGCUGGCACUGAGUGCAGAUGGGCGCUGGCUGGCUGCAGUCAGUGGGGACUGGGCAAUCCACAUCUACAAGUUGAAACGCUUGAAGCAUCACUGCACGGUGCCCAUGUACAGCUGUGCAGUGACGGCUCUUGCCAUCCACCCUGUCACCAACGACCUUGUUAUUGCCUACUCAGACCAGCAGUUGUUUGAGUUCAGCAUCCCUGAGAAGCAGUACACGGACUGGAGCCGCACAGUGCAGAAGAGUGGGCUGCACAAGGUCUGGCUGGAGAGGGACUCACCCAUCACCCACAUCACCUUCAACCCCAAGAACCCCUCACACAUCCUGCUCCACGAUACCUACAUGUUCUGCAUCAUUGACAAGUCCCUGCCCCUGCCAGACAACAGUGCCCUCCUGAUGAACCAGUGCAUCCUGAAGCAGCUCCCAGAGAGUGCCAGGCAGCAGCAGCUCCACGCCUUUAAGAUAUGCAAGAAAUUCCAGCCCCUGCUCUUCGCAGAUCUGCUGGAUGAGAAGUGCCUCGUGAUGGUGGAGCGGCCCAUCAUGGACAUCAAGACCCAGCUUCCACUGCCCACCCAACAGAAGAAAUUUGGCACCUGAGAGCAGAACCAGCCGCUCUGGCCCCAUGGAAACUGUGUAUGUUGUUUUCUUGUACAAAAUAAACCCCACUGUGCUGUA